AUGGAGCAGUACAUUGCUGAGUCAGGAAACGUGCCACCUGGCAAUGCGCCAGGCGAGAAGAAGUGGCAGACGCGCAGGGUGAGGCGCGCAAGGCCAGAAAUCAAACUGACCCCUGGCAAGGGGAUCGAAGACCUGACCUGCAGCGUGGAGGAUCUGGUGGAUCGGGUGGUGAAGGACAACAAGGUGGUAGCGUUCAUCAAGGGGACUCGAACAAAGCCUGAAUGCGGAUUCUCCUACCAAGUGUUGACCCUCCUCAACAAGAGCCAGGUCGACUAUGAGGUCGUGAAUGUGUUGGACGAGGUGCACAAUCCUGGCGUCAGGGACGCGGUCAAGAACUACAGCCAGUGGCCCACAAUACCUCAGGUGUUCGUGGAUGGUGAAUUGAUUGGAGGCGCGGACAUCGUCACAGAGAUGGAUGACAAAGGCGAAUUGGUAAAUGUCCUCACGGCGGCAACAGCAAAGUCAUAG